CUUGGAUUACUUUUACUUUUGCGGGAUCGAUUUCGAGGAGUUGUUCUACCCCUUUUUGAUUUUUUAUUUUAAUAAAAUCUAUUUUCACAUUUUAAUUAAUCAAUGUGGAUGCAGAUAAUUAAGCUAGAUUCGCAAUGGGUGUAUUCGUUUACGCAGUACUGCAAGCAGAGCAUCCAGAGCAGGACCUCCGAAGUACCUGCGCAGAUGAGAUACAUCCCUGCGUAAACGAACGACAAACUGCGCUGCAGUUAUUUUCGCAGGCGGAGUAAACGAACGACAUCUGCGGCAGUAACUGCAUAAACGAAUGCACCCCAUGUGUUCCUGUUGACAAUUUCAUAAAAUCCCGAAUAAAAUGGAGUGUUUCCUACCGUAACCUUACAGGAAGAUUUGCAGUGCAUUAACGUUUAAUAGAACCAAUAGAAAAGUGUGUUUUUUAGAAGUCUUCUAGGGAACAUUAUAAAUCAGAUGCAGUGUAAAUCGUCCAUAAUGAAUUGCCGCGUCACAUAUAUACAGGAACCAUUAAUCUGACUAUUUAAAUCACACAAUUGUCAAAAGUGUCAAAACGUAUCGUGUUCUAUUGUAAUAAUAUAGAUUUUAAUUAAAAUGGAAGAGAAAUCUGCUUACGUGAAAGAAAAUGAUGCUGGCAAUACUGACACAGAGUCCAAAGAAAUGUUAAAGAAAAGAUUGCAAAUGAAGUCGGAGGCGCUCGUAUUAAUGAGCCAGGAUGUGGAGCAGUGUAAAACGCAACGAGAUCAAUUUAAAUUUAUGGCGGAACAAAUUCAGGAAAGAUUUCUGCGUUUGAAGAAGCAAAUGUGUGAUACCAAAGAGUUGAACAGGUGCCAUAGUGUAGAUGAUAAUCUUAGAACCUUAGAUCUAUUGACGGAAGCGCGAGAACAGAACAAAUGUCUCAGGCUACAAGUUGAAACAUUGAGGCAAAAACUGGCAGAGGCCGUAGGUGAUAUCAAAGCAUUACGUAUCAAUAACAAUCGUACACUGGUUGAGCAACAGGAUACCCAAGUUGCACCAGCUAUGCAUCAGAGAGAAGAAAUGAUAGAACAAUUGGAAGAAUUAAACUUGAAGUGUUCACAGUUGCAAACAGAUUUGCAAACAGUGCUGGAUGAAAAACAUGAGCUGGAGAUGGAAAGAGACGCAUUCAAGUGCAAAGCGCAUCGUUUGAAUUAUGAGCUAUCUAAAGCUUUGAGUGCCUCGAAACCAGUCGACUUGGACGCUCUUAUCAAUGAGAAUAGAUAUCUGCAGGAAAGAUUGCAGCAGUUGCUCGAGGAGAAGGAGCUCACGCGUCAAUCUCUAUCUAAAUAUAAGAGUAUGCUGGAUAGUAAAAGGGCUAAAGGUAACAUCAAGCUGGGAGUAAAUUCUGCUGCUGGAACAGUAAUGACCCAUAAACAAGUCGAACAGCUUCUGCAAGAGAGCUCUUACAUACCUCCUCAGAAAUCUGCUGCUGCUGUGACUGAUCUACGGUGCCUUUGCACAGCCUUGUUAGAAGCUUUAAACGACAAAACUUUAGCCCUGGCGCAUCAGAAGAAAGCGAAUAAAAUAUUGGCAUUGAGAAUCUGUGAAUUGGAGAGUGCAGUGCAGUCGCCAACCAUGAAGCUCUUAGAGGGAUACACGAGCGCCAAUGUUGACUUAAGAUGUGAUAGUGAAUUUAAUGAUUUAGAUCACGCGACUAGCGGUAGUGCCGAUAACAUCGAAGAGAACAGUAUUAUAACAAAUGAGAACGAUGUGCCGUGUAGAUCCGCGCCCGAGAGUCCAGUGAUGCAGCAGUUGCAAUCGAUACAGAUGAGUCUUCCAAAGAACUUAGGAAUGUUGGUACAAAAAGCAUUAAAUAAUUUGAAAGACAAUGACAAGCAAAAGAUGUGAGAUUAAGAAUCUGUAGUAGAGAAAUGAAAAGCCGCAUUCCUGCGUCCAAGUGGAACGUUCUAAUGAACACGCUUCAUUAGACAGUGCACGUCAGUCUUUGUGAAUCUAGUCUACGAAUUGCACUCGAAAGCAGCGAGCUCGAUUCACCAGACGCCAGCGAUGUAAAGUUCUGAUUAAUAUUUUUCACAAACUAGUGAUUGUACACAUGAUAGACGAUGGUUGAUCUUGCAAUUUUGAUAGAGAUAAUUUUAUCGAACGACGGCGGAUGAUUUAUCACGCAAACGUCCGUCGUAACAAUUGAUUUCACAUAUCAUUUACAUGCGGCACGUGGCCGCGGCACCGUAAUACGUAGGCUGGCAGUAGAACGAUCGCACCAAAUGGCGACGUUCCCGUAAAUACUUUUGGUGCAAGACGCUGUUCAGCUGAUUCAGCCACGAGCCGAAUUGAGAGCUGGGAACGAUCGGUCUCGCCGAUUUCUUCACUUCAAGCGGAUUUUCCCUAAAAAUGCAUUUAUUAUUGUCGCAACAUUAUAGAAACCCGCGUUCCGAGCGCGAUAUACUUUGCAUUUACAUUGUCAUUAGCUUCGCCUCUCUCAGCUUUAUAUUCUUCUGCCUUUUCCAGUCGUCGAACGCUCGAGCAUUGAUAACGCGUCUCUCGUCGAUAUGUUUCUGCAGAAUCUCCAUGUUUGUUUGUCGAAUCGCUUGCAGCCUGGCCGAUAGCUCCCUUUGUUGGGCCUCUUUCUCUCUUAUCAUCUGAGCGCAUGCCUGAAAAUGCAUCCGCAAAGUUUUCGGGAUGUCUCUGGGUUGAGCGAUAAAAACGGAAGUGUACUCACGUCCUGAGAAGCUUUCUUAUAUUCGAUGUCCUUCACUUUUUCCCGCAACUCCCGUUGCUUCUUCUCUUCUGCUUCUCUCAGCAGCUUUCUGUACUUUAAGUUCUUCUCCUUCUUCCAAGACUCGAAGGACAAUCUUCUCGUUUGCUUCACUAAUUGUCUGAAUGACGUAAAAAUUAUCUCUUUUAUGUAUUAAGUGUUUCUAAUUCCGUGAAAUUUCUAUUAUAUAUCUAUAAUAACCCUUUAUUCUGCUUUAUGGGUUGACAUUCAGCAAUAUUGCUUGCCAAUUUCUUAAUUUUCGCUCCUCGCGUUCGAUUCCAUACUUCAAUUAUUUCCCGAUCGGACGCAAUAUUGUUGCCAAUCGUGCAUUCCUGUUCUGCAGAAAUUUCACAGCCCCUUUCAUCAUGUUCGAUACAUACAUUCGUCUGCGUGUACAUCAAGAGAGAUUCAUUAUUAAAUAAAAUUCUAUUUUUUUAAAUAUAGCCAGAUAGUGUAAUAAUAUUGAUAGAUGUAGCGAGAUGGGAUAAAAUGUUAAAGAUUGUAUUACUUCAACCGAUUUGUUGCACAUAACAGGCGUAUCUCGGCCACCGAACUUAUCGCGAUUAUUUAUUUUCAUGUUAUUCAAAUCCUGCCUCGGCGAGUAUUUCAUAUUGUGCAAAGCGUCCAUCGAUUUGCUUCUGCUCAACACAUUUCUUGUUAAAUUGCUCGAGGAACACGAUGACAUCUCCUGUAUAGCAUUCUUAUUCCUUGACUUCACUUUUGUGCAUGAUUUUUUCACAACCUGACUGAUCCUCGGAACAUCUUCACUUUCCGUUUUACCUCUCGCGUCUAACUCCAUCAUUCUCAUGAAGUACCAUUCUUCGUAGAUCGCUUGAUGUAACUUCGCUAUUUGAUCUAAAUGAUAAUCAUGUUUUGAAUAGCAAUACAAAUGCGUUGCGUGAGAUACAUGAAGGACUAACCGGAGUCCUCGAGCGCCGUGUUGAUCAUUUGCUUCACGAUAUUUGCUAAAUUUUCCGCGGAAACGCUUUUUAGUUUCAUUUUCAGGGUUUACAACAGCACUUUUAGUUUAUAUAUCGAAUAUUUCCAACUUUUGUGAUAGAGCACUACGAAUUUAAUUAAAUGUCAUGUUAAUUUGACAGAGUUAAGGACGCUUGGGAUGCUGUAUGCAUCGUUCAUAUGUUUCUCAAAUGUAUUAUUUAAUCUAUGAACCAAAGAAAUAAAUUCGCUUGAAACGCC